AUGGACGACAAAGCAAGAAGCUUGAAGAUCAACAAAAACAUGGAGGAUUACGAAAACAACGUGGAAGACGAAAUUGACCUAAGGAGAGGUCCAUGGACCGUUGAGGAAGAUUUCCAUCUGAUCAGUUACAUAACUACUCAUGGUGAAGGCCGAUGGAACUCUCUUGCUCGUUGCGCCGGACUCAAACGGACCGGAAAAAGCUGCAGACUACGGUGGCUGAACUAUCUCCGACCAGAUGUCCGCCGUGGAAACAUAACCCUUGAAGAACAACUCUUGAUUCUUGAACUUCACUCUCGUUGGGGCAAUAGAUGGUCGAAGAUUGCACAAUAUUUACCUGGAAGAACUGAUAACGAGAUCAAAAACUAUUGGAGAACACGUGUCCAAAAGCAUGCAAAACAGCUUAGAUGCGACGUGAACAGUCAACAGUUUAAAGACACCAUGAGGUAUCUUUGGAUGCCUCGGCUCGUAGAACGGAUCCAAGCCGCCUCCGCUUCAACCUCCACAACCACAACCGGAUCUGCUGCCACUUCAUCUUGCGUCACCACCUCCUCAGAUCAGUUCUUGAUGACGCCAUACGACGACGGUGGCAAUAACAACAAGAUGGAACAUUAUGGUUUAAUGAGCAACCCUAAUGGUUACAUCACGCCGGAAAUUUCCAGCUUGGCAGUAUCUCCGGCAUCCGAUUUUACGGACUAUCAGAGUGAAGUGGGAAAGAUUGGGAAUAAUUAUAAUCCGGAUCAUAAUCUGGUGGGUCCACAAGUGUCAGCAUCGCAGAACUAUUUGGAUAAUAACAGUGGAUUACUGAACGGAGAUUUAACGGCUACGCAGGAGCAGUGUUAUGUUGAUUUGUUUGAAAAUGUUAGUGGAAUGAUACCUUCUUAUUCGGACAGUUUUUGGAACAUUGGAAGUGAUGAAGACUUGUGGCUCUUACAGCAGCAACAACAACAACAACAGCAAGUCCUCAACAAUUGA